UGUCCCUCUGGCAGGCUGGCAGGCUCGCAGGCUCGUGCUAAAUACGACUCCGGCACCAGCUACUGUAGCGCCAUGGAGGCUGUCAACAGACGGCGGUGGCUGCUGCCGGAACUGAUGGCUUCUCCUACACCUGCCGCUGUGACUGUUGUCGUGGCUGUCAAAGACAGGUACAGAGGUUGGUGACAAGGGGACGUGUGACAUUCCAGCGUGUCUAUCUUGCAAGGUUAUUGAAAUUUCCGGAAACCAGUCGUCUCUUGGUUCCACAGAACCGACAUGGACGUCACCACCCGCUGGGAGGAUCUCUUCAGUGGAAAGACACUCACACCAAUGGAGAACGGAACUGACGUCAUAGUUGUUUACACGUCUACUCACUUGCAAGUGAGUUCUGACCCGACGGAUAUGUGUGUCAUCUGUGACUACAGCUUGUCGGUGGGUAUGAAAGCGCUGCGGUGCACGCUGGGACUGUGCAUCAUGGCGGCCAACGUGGUGAUGGUGGUGGCUGUGGUGCGUGCGCGGUCCCUGCAGAUGGCGCUGAAAGCUCUACUCAUCAACCUGGCGCUGGCCGACGCCAUGAUCGGACUCUUCUUCACCUACCUGACCCUAGUCGUCGACAUCUGGACGACCUUCAACUUGGAGUGCCGUGUGCGGUACGGGACGCUGUCCUACCUCGAGAUGGUGACUCUCUACAGCAUCCUCUUCUUCAGUGUCACCACGGUGCUGACCGUGUUUCGCCCGCUGCACGCCGCCCAGCUGCUCACCCGGAAGUCGCUGGCUGUGGCCUUGACCUUGUUAUGGCUGCUUCCGCUGGCCAUGACCGUCGUGGCGUACGAGAUGCGCGAGUCCACUGUGACGGAGUGUUACUUCGCCCGCUUCACCAGCACCGAGGCCUUCUUGAUUUUCGCCGUGGUAAACAUCAUUGCUGUCAUCGUUAUCGUCAUCUGUCAGGUGGUCAUUCUUGUCAUCGCAAAAAUACAGGUCAACAAAAUCGCCCCCACCAUGGUAGGCAACGAUGCUACAGUGAAGCUAAUCCGCAUGAACCUGCGUGUUGCUAUAACAACGGUUGUCGUGGUGAUGCCCUUCUUGUUGUGCUCUACGCCGCUUCUUGGUGGCUACCUUCACCUUGCACUCAACCCCAGCGACAGGACCAGCAAAGGGGUACCUCAAGAUCAUCACCACUCAGAUGAUAUUCGUCAUCGUCAACUGCGUCCUUGACCCCAUCGUGUUUAGUGUCAGGCUGAGGUCAGUGCGUCACGAGCUGAAGAGAAUCAUCAACUCACUGCUGUGCGGCAAAGCGUUUGUCGGCGUGAAAGCGGAGGCAACUCUGUCAACCGUCGCCUAACCUGGCAACGGAACUCAGAGGACGAGGGACCUACCUUUGGAUGGCAUUGGCAGACUUUCACACUCUCAUCGAUGUGAUGUUUGUCUUGUAGAACACAUUUUUGUACACAACUGUAGUGACUACGAUCUGAAGUGUCUAUUGUACACAAAAUUUCCACGGCUGACUGGAAACGAAUGAAAAAAUGUGUUUCAUUUUGUCAAACUAUUCUGUUUAUCAAUCAGUCUUAUGCUCACCGAUGUUUUCAAGCAGAAAAUAAAAUAAAACACAAUAUAUGUU